UUGGCCAUGUUGGCAUUUCCGUUGAGCAGUUUAUUCGAUCACUUGUCGUGCACCAAAGUAUCUUGCAGGGUCGACAAGUCCAAGAUUUUGUGUUGGCCGUCAUAAAACAAGACGCAAUCAAUAUCUCGAGUUUAUAAUGGCAAGCGUCUCGUCAAUGCAAAAAGAACAUGGGACAGGACCGUUACGAAAGUCAUCACGCUAUGCCAUCACCAGUGCAUCCCCAACCCCGACUUAUAUACAAGGCUCCCGAGUCCAUGUCCCUUGGUCUCAGCAGAGAAACUAGAGCUUGGAGGCGUCUGUUAAAACGACCCGUAUAUAGCGUAAUCGCCAAAGGGUUCUCUCCAUCUAUUCGUCACUCAUUCCCGUCCCGCGGCAGAAUGACAAACCAUUUUUUCCAUGAUGGCUUUGCGAUGCCAACAGUUGCGUGCGUCCCAAAGGUUGGUCCUUGCCGGCGUGGAGAGACCGGCCAGUAGGUCCGAUAAGAAUGCGGAAUAUAUAGCGAAAAGCAAGUGACCGAAGAGCUCAUCUUCUUUAUCA